AUGGCGGAAAUGCUGAAAGGUGUCACGUCAAAAACCACUUCGGCAGAGUUCCCUUCAAACUCAAAGGGAAGACUGUCCGCAAGCAGCACACGUCUUCUACCUCCUAAGGCCACAAGACCUAAGGAAAGCCUAACUCGGUUUUCCAACGUUAUGCAGAUGAUACUGAAUUGUUCAGAAAACAAACUACCCCCUUCACCGCGUGGUUGCGCUUUUGACUAUAUUGAAGUUUAUGACGGUCCAGGGACGUACUCUCCGAAGCAUGGAAAGUGUUGUGGUUAGGAUAUACCAGACCAAAUCCGCUCUUCUUCCAAUGAACUCCUCGUGAUAUUUGUCACGAAUAACUGCCUUCAGUAUUCCGGCUUUGCUGCUGCAUAUACUGCCGAAUCUAGAGCUGUCGCUAAUCCUUGUCUUGUAAACAAUGGAGGGUGCUCUGAUGAAUGUUCUCAGACGUCCGAUGGACGGGUUUGCUCAUGUAAACCAGGUUUCACACUGGAUAGGGACGGGGUCACGUGCAGAGACUAUGAUGAUUGCAUAAUCAACAACGGUGGCUGCGACCAUCUUUGCCUAAAUACUCCUGGUAGCUUUCACUGCAAAUGUAAUGAUGGUUACUUAAUCGAUUCAGACAACAAGACUUGUAUAAAUGAGAACGAAUGCGCCACAGGAAAUAACAACUGCGAACAAUUGUGCCGCGACACUGAACAGGGUUAUUAUUGCGAAUGUCACAAGGGCUACAAAGUAGGACUCGACGGAUUCACAUGUCAAGAUUUGGACGAGUGCAAGUUACCAAAGAGUUUUCAUCACUGCCAACACACGUGCGUAAAUACACCAGGAAGCUACUACUGCAAGUGUAACAAAGGAUUCAUACUCAGUGCUAAUGGAAGAAUUUGUAGGGAUGAAGACGAAUGCUUGAUGGGAGGAACAAAGUGUGAGCAACAGUGUGUUAAUACCCCGGGUAGUUUCCAUUGUGAUUGUUACACUGGUUACCAUCGUGACCACCGACUUCCUCACAAGUGCGUGGACACUGAUGAGUGUUCAGAGGGCCGGCCAGACUGUCACAAGUGCAUGAAUUCUGAAGGAAGUUUCCGUUGCGAGUGUGAUGAAGGUUACAUUACCGCUGACAAUGAAACUCGUUGCGCGGAUAUCGAUGAAUGUGCGGUGAACAAUGGCGGCUGCUCUCAGAACUGCGUCAACAUGGAUGGAUCUUACAUGUGUGAAUGCAGCGAAGGAUAUAAUGCCACUGACCCCGAGUCACUUAACUGUGAAGACAUCGAUGAGUGCGCCAGAAACAAUGGCAAAGGAGAAUGUGACUACGCAUGCGCUAAUUCUGUGGGAUCAUUCCGCUGUUCUUGUGCUGCGGGCUUCCACCUAGAUGCUGAUGGACUGACCUGUCAUGAUAUAAAUGAAUGUCAAGCUAACAACGGAAACUGCACGCAGAAGUGCAUUAAUACUCAAGGAGACCACUCAUGUUCCUGUUUUGAGGGUUUUAUGAACUCAGGUUCAAAUGGAACUGAUGUUAUCUGCAUUGACAUUGACGAGUGUUUUGAUGAGAUACACCAGUGUGACAGUCUCGCGAAAUGCCACAACACUCCCGGUAACUACUCAUGCCAGUGCCCUGACGGUUACUCCUCGCAGUGGAAGGACUGUAUCGAUAUUGAUGAAUGCACUAAGCCCGAGAUAAAUCAGUGCGAGCAAGUUUGCAACAAUACUCCUGGAAGCUUCCACUGUGAAUGUAGACAAGGUUUUGACCUCCAAAACGACAGCAAAACCUGCAGCGAUAUUGACGAAUGUAAACUGGGCAAAUGCGAAAAAGGUUGUCUUAACACCGUUGGAAGUUACCAAUGUUUGUGCCCAGCUGGUUAUCAGUUAGCAGCAGACGGUCACCAUUGUGAAGAUAUCGACGAGUGUUUGGAAGAUAACAGUGGUUGCGAUCAGAGAUGUGUAAAUGAAAAUGGAAGUUAUUCAUGUGCUUGCCAUCAUGGUUUCAAACUUCUGAGAGAUGGAUCAACAUGUAGAGAUAUCGACGAAUGUCUGCUGAACACUGCGUGUUGCAACCAGGGUUGUUUCAACACAGAAGGCAGCUAUAACUGCUCUUGUUACCAAGGAUACACGUCCAGCAGUAACUGCACCUGUGUAGAUGUAAAUGAGUGCCAAACAAAUAACGGAGGCUGCGAACAGAUUUGUACCAAUAACCCGGGAAGCCAUAGAUGCUCGUGCAACUCAGGUUUUGUAAUCGAUAGCAGUGACCCGAAGCGCUGUGUGGACAUCAACGAGUGUCUUACGGACAAUGGUGGAUGCCAUCACAACUGCACAAACUCCCCUGGUUCAUAUCAGUGUACUUGUCAUCCAACCUUUAAACUACAAAUUGACGGGAAAACGUGCGGACAUUGCCCCACCUGCAGUGAUUUUGAAGCUCUGUUACAGACUGUUGAACAGCUAAAGAACAAGCUUGCUUCGAUUGAAGUCUGGAAGCAAAGUGUUGACGGUCAAGGAUGUGUCUUUGAACUUGAAAUUAAACCUGAUGGAACCUCGUGGAAAAAGAGUCAGUGUGAGAUUUGUCGCUGCGAGAAAAAUCAGACCCGCUGUGAAAGGAUUUCAGGCUGCUCAGAAACGACGGCACAACCCCUCACUACAGAGGAAAUGAUCACAAUUACUCAUGAUGAUAAUGAUGAUGACGAUGGAGACGAACCUGUUUCUUCCACAUCAAGUGGUGAUUUGCCAACAUCAACGGCCGCUUCAAAGACACUUUCAACAGAAAGAGAACUUUCUGAGAGUGAGCUAUUUACUAUCAACAAGAAGAAACGAUUGCAAUGAGAAAGAAUCGUCUAAUAGCGAAUCAAACGUGUAAUCUUAUAAGGGUUAAGGUAGAACAUAUCUGUCAUGGAAUUUUUAACUAUA